CUCGUGCAGCACGUCGCAGGUGAAGCACAGGUAAAUUACGUCAACCAGGAAGUGGACAGAGGGACGUCCGUGUGGGACGGAGCGGCUAAAGAAGCUUUUGUUUGAGCCUUUAAUGUGAAAAACAAAACAAUAAAGAGCAGAAAGACUUGGACCUGCGGCAGAGACAUGUGCAGCUUUGAUAAGGACAAAGGGCCAGGGCGGCUGAUGAAAAAGGGGCUCGUUCUCAUCCUGGUCGGCCAUAUUAACUUCAUCCUGGCAGCCAUCGUCCAUGGCAGCGUCCUGCGCCACAUUUCCAAACCCAGUCAGCACAUUAGUACGCAAUACACUGUAGCCAACAUCAUUUCUGUCACCUCUGGCCUGCUGAGCAUUGCCUCUGGGAUUAUUGCCAUUGUGGUUUCAAGGAACCUUCGUAAGUUUAAGCUGAUAAUAGGGCUUCUGACGGCGUCCUUCCUGAACGCCCUGCUGUCAGCCGCCUGCAGCGCUGGGCUCCUCGUAGCAAUUAGCGUCACCAUCGCCCAUAACGGGAGCGGUCUGAUGGUGGGAUGCAACGACACGGUGGUGCCCAUCAACGCGCGCUCGCCUGUCAGCGCUCAGUGCCCGUUUGAUACAACACGAAUCUAUGACACCACUCUGGCCUUGUGGAUCUCCUGUGCUGUGCUGUCGGCAGCUGAGGCCGGCCUGUCGGUGUGGUGCUUCCUGGUUGGACUCGCUCUCAGAGGGAUUGCGCCGUGUGGGAAGAGCUACAUCAAAGAGCAGUUGGAGGAAGAGACUGAAAACUCUCCACAAACUCGUCGCCUUAUGAGAAAACAUUUCAAUGCUGAAGCAUAAAACACUUCGUAAGUCUGAAGAAGUCUGUCCAUUUCAAACUGAGGAACUUAAAGAGCCCUUAUGAAGGUUAAUAUGUGCUUAGAUGUGUGUAGAUGUCUUAAAAUGGCCUCCCUAAUAUUUAGGUUUAUUACAACCUAAUAUGAAACCAGUACUUAUGAAGACAGUUUUUUAGUUUGAUUUUUAUUUGUUUGUAAAAGUAAUUAUUCAACAGUUUGUUUACUUUUUUUAACUACUCCAUAACUAACAUGCCGUAAAAAUGAUAAGAUAAUUUGGUUUUUUUUUCUACAUUCAGCUUUGAUUUCUAUUCAAUUUAAUGCCAUAAAAUAGUAAACUGCAUAUUUUGUUUGGUUUUUUUUUUUUAAACUAUUGACAUUAAACAGGAAGGUAAAUGAAACAUGCAUCAUUUUAGGGUGCAGCUGCCCUAAUUUUGCCUAUAUUGUUAAUUAAAGCCAAAACUGAUAAUUACCAGUUUUUUAUAUAUAUUUUACUGUAAUUGCAUUGUUUUAAAAAUUGUAUUUCGAGGUAUGUUGGACAUUUCUAACUCUAUUUGUUUCAUUUUCUACAUCUUUUGCCAUUAUCUGUCAACUUGGUUCAAUCAUUAUUUUUUUUAUAAUAUAAAAACUAAAAAGAAACAUUCAAAUAUGCUGGUAAAGAAAUGUAUUCUGAACAACAUACAUUAAAAAAAAAAAAGAAGUUAAAUCUGAAAAGCCGUGUUUGUAUUUACACAUGUUCUGUAAGGUUGGUCAUUGUUAAGUGGGGUCACAUUAAAAGGUUAAAACCAGUAUGUGGGUCAGCAGCCUGAGCCGGACCCCCCACAACUCUGUGACAGAGAGGAUCAGGAUCAGAUCAGCCAUGAAACGGUUAAUCUAGGGCUGUGCUUAACUGUGUGGAAGGAAAUCAUAGCGUAAAACACUAAUCCUGAAGCUCUGCAGGACAAAUAUUGACAUAAGUGCUGACUAAUACAGUCACAACAGUGCCAAGCUGCAGCUAGAAAUGUAAAUAAUUUUAAGGAGGAAUUUAAAGACUUGAGUAAAAAAUAUGUGACAUUUUAUCAAGUGACUUAUAACUAGUUACAUAUUCUUUGCUUUUUUAUAUUCUUAGCAUUUAAUCAAUGUCAUUUAGUCACACAUAUCUCCAAACUAAAAAACAAAAAAUAGUUGUAUUAUGGGAAUUACAGGUAGGUCUUAACAAAUUAGAGCAUAAACAAAAGUGUUAAAUUUAUUCAAAACGAAAAGCAUUAAACUAAUUUAUAACAGCUACAUUUCACACCGAUAUAUUUAAGCACUUAUUUCUAUUAAUUAAGAUCAUUGUAGCUUAGAGAUGAGAAGCCAAAUUCUUACACAAUUAGAAUAUCAAAAAACAAAUCUUUAAAAUAUAAUUAAAAAUGUUUCAAAGACAAAAGAUUUAACCUAUGAAAAAUAUAUUUAUGGGACUGAACAUUAUAUGCACUCAGUACUUGGAGAACAGAGGACAGUUUGGUGACCAAUCAAGGAUAGUGAAAUAUUGUUUAUUAAUCUGUAUAUUUAAUAAACAAAUGCUUGUCAGUGUAAGCAUUUGCUAAGUCUGUUUGAAAACUGACAGCAGCAUCUCCAAACAAUUUGUAAAUGAAGAAUAUAAUCAUGUUUCCUGGUAGACACUUCCACUGACUUUGGACUUGAUUGGACCAAAACCAGCAGAUGACGCGUCUCCCCAAAUCAAACUUCACUUUGCCUUUCCACUCUGA